AUAGAAAAAAAUAUACAAAAAUAUAUACGAGGUAUGAUGGAAUACUGGCUCCAAUUGGUCAACGAACACGCGCUGAAACUCCUGCCGGAGGUGGAGGCGCAGAAGCAGGAGCUGGAGCAGGAGCAGGAGACGACAUUUAUCUCUGUUUUUAGCCACCAGGGUUCCCCCAUUAUUCCUCCUUUGAUGACGCCCCAGCGACGGCGGGAGAUGCAGAAUCAUCGCUCCACCGCCCUGGCCAUCGAGGGGUAUCUGAAGGAGAAAAAUGGACGCAAAUCCAAGGUUCGCUCUCUGCGGGCACCCGAAAUGAAAAAAGAAGCUCCCCCUCUAUCUGUAGUAGGACGCUUCCCGCAGCAGCUGCAGCGCUCUGAGACGUUGAUCUACGACAAUGGCCUCAACAGGAUCAUCAAACCCCCGCCACGGACUCCCCCCUCACCGCCCUUGGCCAUCCGCAUGUCGUCUUCCGUGCUGAUCGAGGACCCCCCUCUGAUGGCCGUCCAGCGGGCGGCGGUGCAGCUGUGCGCCCCGCUAUUCGCGAAGCCCAGCAAAAGCCUCGUCGCCCGUGCCACGCCUCCUGCGAAGCCCCUGAUCGUUGGCCCCCCCAGAGCCAUGUCGAAGCUGAAAGAGCAGGAACUGGAGGAGGAGAGGAAGGAGAAGUGGCGGAGGGAGAGGGAGAAGCAGCAGAACCUAAGCCUGGAGCACAAGCACACGAUGAAACUCAUCCAAGUGGCCAAGACUCUGCCCUGGGGUGUCCUCCAGAUAGCGCCUCUGCUGCGCUCCAACACGCAUCCCGUUCUCCGGAGGAUGCCACACCGCCACACGGAGGCCAACUUCCACACGAUGCCGCAACGCCACACAGAGUCCAGUCUCGAGCGGAAGCACUCGGAAACAGAGUCCAGUCUCCAGCUACACCCACAACUGUGGAAGCGGCAGAACACCAUCGUUUACAGCUGUCCUAAUUCUCCAAGGACAAACCGUUUUCCGACAACGAAAAACCAGGAAAAGGAGACUCAAGAAGAGGCAAAGAAAGGACCAGAAAAAGGGGCGAAAGAAGAGCCCAAACAGCGGAAGCAGAGCCUGGAGAAGAAACCCAAGUCCAAAGGGAGAUUCUCUCUUUCUCCGAGACGCCCUGCCCCACCCCACAAUGUCUCCUGGAGCGGCCACAACUUUGCUUCAUCGAUGAGUAGCGUCACGCAGCGCAGGCGCAGCUAUGACCCACAGGCCUCUCUCAUGCGGGACGCUAAGCAAAAGGUGGCGGGAAGGCAGCUUCCACUCAGUCCGAGGCAGUCCGCUGCCUUUGACAGGGGAAGGGCAUCGACGACUACUCAUCCUCCCUCGAAUACUCCCAAGGAAACGCUGUCUGCCCUGACGAUCCACCAAGCGGAGGCGGAGGAGCAGCGCCAGCGUUUCCUGGCGCUCGUCUCCAAGCAGGCGGAGGAGCAGCAGCGCCUCCAAGCGCAGUUCGAGGCCCAGCAGCAGAUCCUCAUCGAUCAGAUGCUCGGCGAAGUAAAGAAGCUAUCAAGCCCUGCUGCCGACUAAUCCGACAAUCUAUUCUUAUUCCUAAUGUCUCUUCUACCUGUGCAUGUGCGAAAAGCCGCUAGUAAAGCCAUCAGACAGCA